AUGAAAGAGUUCGUCUUAUCUGGAGACAUCGAUGACUGUUGGUGGAUCAAGGGCCUGACUGCCAAGUUAUACAAGUAUAAAGCCCGGCGAACCGAGUGGAAAGAUGGUGCCUUGUCUGACGAACAAGAUACCAAACCAAAGGAUGGCAAAGAUGAUGAGGGUGAAGACAGCGAGGACAAUCAUGAGAACGGUGACGAUGAACCUGCCAGAGAGAAGAUCAAGCUGAACACGGAAAGCUUCAGUGUCGAAGGCCAGCCGUUGGGGGACGAUUGUUUCCCUCCAUUAACGACUUGA